AUGAAUAGCGAUCUGGACAGCUACAACAGCCAUGGUGGUCGAUUUGAGUCCUCAUCCACAGUGGCGGCACCGGCGGAACAAGAUUGCGACCUCGCCGAUCUUCACACCACCAGCGGCGGUAGCUUGGCAGGGCUCGCGAUUCCGACCAUGGCUCGGAGGCGAUUUGAUCGGUCUUCAGCAAGUCACAGGUUCGUCGGCACUCUUCGGGGAAGCAUCUCCGGUGGUAGCAGCGGCAUCACGGCGGCUAGAAGGUGGCGGCCGAGAGCUUGGAGGCUGGAAGCGAGAGGUGCAAGUGGCGACUAG